UAUAAAUGAGACCAGAUGGAUGAGGUGCUGCAAAGGACCAAACAGAGGUGUUGGGGACAGCAGCAGUCAAGCAUCAGUGUUCAGAAAAGAGACCAAACAAGCUCAAAAAGAAACAUGGGGGAGAGUGGAGUGGCAGCGAUGGCAGUGACCUACCAGAAGUUUGACCCUGCAGCCUACCUGCAGUAUAACUACAUAGCACCCAGAGCUGAUUUUGAGAGAAAAGACAGCAUUGUGCCGUGGAAACUGGCAUGUCUACACCGAGCAUUCACUGAGGGAGACAUAGGAGGUGAUCUUCUGAUCGAUGUGGGCUCAGGUCCCACACUGUACCAGGUGCUGAGCGGCUGUGAGGUCUUCAGCAAAGUGCUCCUCACGGACUUUCUGGAGGUCAAUAGACAGGAGCUGAAGAAGUGGCUGAAAGGAGAAGGGGGCAGCCUUGACUGGACCCCGUACAUACAAUAUGUGUGCAAACUGGAGGGACGAAGCCCCUCUGAAUGGAAAGAGAAGGCAGCUCGCCUGCGUGAGGUGGUGUCUGACGUCCUUCCCAUUGAUGUGCAUCGCGCUCAGCCCAUGGCCUCAGAUGCCCUCCCAUCAGAGGGGGCCGACUGCCUGGUGUCAUGCUUCUGCCUGGAGAGUGUCAGUCCUGAUCUAGACACUUUCACGAAGGCUCUGGGACACAUCGGCACACUGCUACGUUCUGAAGGACACCUGCUGCUCAUUGGGGCGCUGCAGGAGAGUUAUUACUUUGGGGGACCAGGGGUGAAGAUACCGGUGGUCCCCCUGAACGAGGCACAGGUCUGUGCUGCUCUGCAGGAGCAGGGCUACACCCUCAUACGGCUGGAGGUCUACACUCUGCCCCAGGACAUGAAGGUGGGUGUGGACGAUGUCUGCGGGGUGUUUUUUGUCAAAGCAAAAAAGAAUUAAAGAGUUGUCUAUGAUAAUCACAGUAAACUUAAUUAUACUAUUAACUUAAAUAUUACAGUUUAUAAUGACUGUACAGAAAUGUACUUCUGUUUCACUGUGAUCUCAGAUGAAAUAAA